GUCAUUCGCAGUAGCAAUUGCCACUGUAACGGCUUUUGCGCCGUCGUUGAGUAAUGGCAGAAGAAGUGGCGUCUUUCGGGAGACUGGCUUGUACCCUACAAGCCUCAAGAGCACUGGGAAUUCAACUGCUGUGGAACUGAAGAUUUCUACUAAAGACAAUAGUAGUAGGAAUGAGACUGCGCCAUAUCUCUACGGGCUCAUGUUUGAGGACAUCAAUCAUUCGGGCGAUGGAGGAAUCUAUGCUGAGUUGAUCACCAAUCGAGCAUUUCAAGGCUCGAACAUCAACACUGGCUCUAUUUCAGGCUAUUCAGGAAGCCUCAUCCUUCCAUCUGAGAAUUUGGCACUAGCUGGUGGACCAGUGCUAACAGGAUGGGGACCGAUUGGAGAUGUCAGAUUGAGCCUGGACAUACUGCAUCCUCUUUCAGAUGCGCUCCCAACUGUUUUGCAAGUUGACAUACCUGUGAACGCGACUGGCGAGGUCGGAUUCUUCAAUUACGGGUGGUGGGGAAUGGACGUCAGCCCACAGGAAUACAAGGCAUCUUUCUACGUACUAGCAAAUUAUCCACGGUACAAGGGCAACAGCACUACUUUCACGGUCUCGCUACGAUCAAACUUGACUGAAGAAAUUUGGGCAAGUACAGAGCUUCCUACGGUGAAGGUCGAUACUUUGGACUAUAUCCAGCUUAAUACCACCAUCUCCAAUGAAGCAAAGACACCAAAUUCGAAUAACACAUUUGCUGUUACUAUGGAUGCAUAUGAGGUAGCUGGGCAGACGUUCUACUUUGACCUUAUCAGUCUCUUCCCAGAGACAUUCAAGAAUAGACCGAACGGGUUGCGGAAGGAUCUCGCUGAAGCGUUCUAUGACAUAAAGCCUAAGUUUUUGAGGUUUCCAGGAGGUAACAACCUAGAAGGAGUUUCCCCUCAAACGCGAUGGAAAUGGUGGAAGACUAUCGGCCCCCUCAAAGACCGGCCCGGACGCGCAAUCGCCAACUGGAACUACGCCAACACCGACGGACUAGGACUCCUCGAAUACCUCGAGUGGACCGAAGACAUGGAGAUAGAGCCCAUUCUAGCCGUAUACUCGGGGUUCUCCCUUGACAUCUGGGGUGAAGACGGCGCCUCCUACCCCGAGUCCCGAAUGCACGAAGUCCUCCAAGAAGCUCUCGACGAGCUCGAAUACUGCACCGGCCCAACCACUACCAAGUACGGUGCCCUUCGUGCCUCUCACGGCCAUCCAACUCCCUUCAAGAUCAACUUCGUCGAGAUCGGCAACGAGGAUUGGUUUAGCAGCACCUAUCCCCACCGCUUCUACUUCCUCUAUAAUGGCCUCAAAGCCGCUUACCCGGACAUCACGCUCAUCAGCACUGCUUACAAUGAGAACGCAGACUACAAUAUAUCCAUCCCCGCGGGUGGGAUGUGGGAUACACACCAUUACGAAGAGCCCCACUACUUCCUCGAGAACUUCAACUUUUACGAUAACUGGCAAGAGGCGACCAACAACACAGACGUCGGCGUGCUGCUCGGCGAGUACAGCGUCAAGCAGCUCGACUCGCCCGACGGCGCUGUCAACUGGUCCGCUCCAGGACUCCCACUCCCGCAAUUGGUAUCCGCAAUCGCAGAAGGAGUGUACGCCCUCGGCGGCGAGCGGAAUCCUAACACGGUCCGCAUGAGCUCUUACGCACCUAGCUUACAGAACUUGAACUGGUACAACUGGGUGCCGGAUAUGAUCGCCUUCACUGCAAACCUGGCGCAGACGCUGCUCAGUGCGAGUUACUGGCAGCAGUGGCUCUUCGCACGUUUCCGAGGCGCCCAAACACUCCCUGUCGUGAAUACGAAAGGAGAUUUUAGGCCGCUGUUUUGGGCGAGUAGUAUCAAUGGGGAGGAGACGGAGGCGUAUCUUAAGGUUAUCAAUGCUGGGGAUACGGCGGUGCCGCUGAGUGUGGUGUUGGAUGUGGAGAUUAGGGGGGUUAAUGCGACGGUCAUUGGGAAUCCGAAUGAGAACGCUGAGAAUACGGAGGAAGAGAUGGAGGCGGUGGUUCCAAAGGUUGCGAACGUGACACAGACUAGGGGGAGGAGUUGGAGUUGGAACGUCCCGGCUUGGUCGAUUGUUGUGGUGCAGUUUGAUGUCUGAGGGAUGGUGGUGGUUUUGGGAGGGAGAGUGAUCUUUGGUAGCCAUUUCCAAAACUUGUGUUGUUACUCUUGGACGAAGGUUCGAACAAAAAGAGUUCUCUAUGACCUCUCCACGUCUUAUGACAUUAGUACCUGUGUAAUUGAAUCCC